AUGAAAAUCAGAGCCAACAACAUUCUGCGUGAAUACACCCCGCCUCCAGUGGUUACCUCUAAUUCUCCUUCUCCUUCUUUUCCAAGCCUCGCCGCUACGACUACUGCAGCCUUGACUGCAGCAGACUCUGUACCUUGUCUUAUAUCUGAAAAAUGCCAGCAAGUUGCCAGAGACAAAUUACCACCUGACAGUGAGGAGCUUAGCUGCGACAGCGCCGCUCUAGGGUCGAGCUACUUCCGCUGCGUCUGCGCUAAAACACGGUUUCUGGGCCACAACGACUAUUUCUCUGCGCAUUGUGUGUUCCAGGAGUGUAAAGGCGACGGCGAUAGGAGAGCAUUUAUAAAGCAGUACAAAGACGGUUGCAAGCAGAUAGGAGAGUCUCUAGCAGACAUUCCUGCGGAAUGGACCCCGUUUACAAGACCGCGUGAAUCCAGUUCAUCACAACGUUAUCCCCCAAGUACAACAGGUAGUAAUACACUUGCCAGUGCUACUAGCACCUCUACGGAACCAAGCACGACAUCCGACCCAACCAGCUCGGCCAUCUCUGCGGAAACAAGUUUCGUACCUGCACCAACACCCUCCACCAACCAAGAAACUCCAUCGCCCACUCCAUCUUCCUCUCCCGCAGCAGCCAUUCUACCAAUCCCCCAAAAUACGCCCAACACAGCUGUCAUCGCAGGAAGCGCCGUCUCCGCAAUCGUAAUCGUCGUCCUUCUUAUCGGCCUCACAAAACUCUACUACGACACCAGGAAGAAAGCAAAGCAGCUCCGCGUCGCUAACGCCCAGCUGGAAGACGCUACGAAUCCAGAUGGCGUCUCGAAUCGCAUCGUGACGCUCAUGGCUGGGUGUGAUAGAGUGUCUGUGGCGUCGCAUCGAAGCUCUGUCAGCGUUGCGCGCGAUGCAGGGGCUUUCUCCAAUGGGAACGUGCCACUGUAUAGUGGGGAGAUGGUAAUAGGAACUGCUGCACAGUCCAGUGUGAGCGGGGGCUACACAGAGUAUGGGUCAGACAAAUAUGACGGGUUUGGUUCCGUAUAUACGGGGUAUGGUGGGGAGAAUGGGGAUGGCGCGACGGUCUCUUACGAUGGAGGGGUUGUUGGUGCGGAAAGGAGGUUUUCUGGGGUUUCAGAGAGCGAUUAUGGGAGUGUGAGGUAUUAG